CGUAAAUAUAAACAAUAUUUGGACGACAGUACAGAGAUAAUUCCACGAGUCACAAAAUAUAAAAGAAAACUGGAGUAAUGUAAACAACUUUCUUCUAAUGAGUAUCAUGAAUUGGAAACAACUAAAAAUAACAUUUAUCAAGAAGCAGAACAUGUUACGGAAAAUAAUGUACCUCAUUGUAGUAUCUCGUCACAUAAUGAUGUUGAAAGAUAUGAUUUCAGAUCAGAUGCGAAUAGUUCUGUGAGCUGUGACAUAUUCCAAUCAAGAUUAGACUUGGAACAUAGAACACCAAAAAUGCAAGAUAAUAUUGCAAUGAAUAGCGAAUGGAGUGAUAAUAAUAACAAUGAGGAUGAAGAUGAUCAUUAUAUUAAUUUCUAUUUCCCUGAAUUAGCAACAAGUUCAAUAAAUGAAACAUUAAGUGAGACAGACAGCAGUAGCAUUAUUGAAAAUACUAUAUUAAGAAAUAACAAUGAAGAACCUUCAAAAACAUUGCAAAACUAUGACUGCUUUGGAGACUUUAAUGGCAAAUUUAUCGAUGAAUGUAAUUCAUUUCUCAAAGAAUAUCUGUGUAACUGCAUAACGAAAACGCUUGGAGAAGCGCUAUUCAUGUGUCUAGUAUUAAGCCAUCGUCAUUCUUUAACUAUGACUACAACUAUUGAUAUUUUAAAAAUGAUUAAUUUAAUUUUUGAUAAAAAAUGUAUGCUUCCCGAUAGUAAGUAUAAAGUAUCGAAAUAUUGUGAAAUAGAGGAUACUUUUAAAUAUCAUUUAUACUGCCCUGUUUGUUUAAAAUAUUUAAAAAUGCUAACUAGAAUAGAAACGGGAAAAAAAAGUAUUUGCACGUGUGGUUCAGAAAUUGAAGAAUCGAGUACUAAUGCUUUUAUUACUUUGAAUUUUCAUGCUCAAUUGAAAAGUUUGUUAGAGAAUACAAACGUUAAAAAAAGUCUAAAGAGCAGAUAUCGUGGAAGAAAUAAUGGUUCUCUACAAGAUAUCUGCGAUGGUGCAAUGUAUAAAAAAUUAUGUAAACGCAACAAACCUUUAAAUAAUAUGUGGAAUUUUUCUUAUACUUUCAAUACAGAUGGUUGUCAAGCUGGUAAUUCUAAUAAAGUUAGUAUUUGGCCUAUUUAUGCUACAUUAAACGAAUUACCUUAUAAAAUGAGAUCAAAAUACAUGAUGUUACUUGGUAUAUGGGUCAAUAAACGUGAACCAAAUAUGCAAAUAUUUUUACAACCCUUUGUAAAGGAAGUAAAUUUUUUAUCUACUUAUGGUUUACAGUGGCAAUAUGAUAAAAAUACUAUAAUUACAAGCCGUAUUAUACCAGUAUGUUGUUAUGUAGAUUCAGUUGCUCGACCAGCCAUGUUGAAUAUGAAACAGUUUAAUGGUCAUUAUGGUUGCACAUUUUGUGAACAUCCAACCGAAUAUGUAGAGGGUUAUCGAAAGUAUCCAGUUUCAACAAAUAUUUUUCCUAAUAGAACUAAUGCAUCUAUAAAGCAAAAUAUGAUUACUGCACAUGCAACUUCAAUUCCCAUAAAAGGUGCGAAAGGACCUUCUCCAUUAAUGAGUUUAAAAUAUUUCGAUUUAGUUAAUGGAAUGGUUCCUGAUUACAUGCAUUCAGUAUUGUUAGGAGUUACUAAACAAUUAACGGAAAUGUAUUUCUCUUACCCCGGGAAAAAAUUUUAUGUGGGACAGCCAAAUAUGUUUGAAAUCAUUAAUAAUCGAUUGUUGCAUAUAAGACCACCAAAGAAUAUAACACGUCAACCGAGAAGUUUACAUGAAUGGUCAUUAUGGAAAGCUUCUGAAUGGAGAUCAUGGCUGAUGUGGUAUUCUUUAGUAUGUUUAUAUGGUAUAUUACCAAAAAAAUAAGUAGCACAUCUUGCACAGUUAGUCUGUGCAAUUCAUAUUUUUUUACAAAAAUCCAUUUCA